CUUUCAGGCGUGGAAGAACAUGGCAUGAUUAAUUUAACGUAUCGCUAAUCUUCGAUGGGAAGCUGCCGUGAAGUUUGUCGCAAGGGAAACACACGCACCAGGACGAAUUAUAUAGCUGGCGGCAUGGAGGGGAGGAGCUUGAGUGCUAGAUAGACAUACGUCCCAGCGAAAAUUCAGGCGGGCAUGGAGGGGAGGAGCGACGCCGCCGCGAAGUCGUCGGAGCCGGUGAGGCUCAUCGGCUGCUUCGGCAGCCCGGUCGUCCACCGCGCCGAGCUGGCCCUGCGCCUCAAGGGCGUCCCCUACGAGCUCGUCGAGGAGGACCUCAACAACAAGAGCGACCUGCUGCUCACGCACAACCCCGUCCACAAGACGGUUCCCGUGCUCCUCCACGGCGACCUCUCCAUCCCGGAGUCGCUCGUCAUCGUCGAGUACGUCGACGACGCCUUCUCCGGCCCGCCGCUCCUUCCCGUCGAACCCCUCGCCCGCGCCAACGCCCGCUUCUGGGCAAGAUUCCUCGAAGAGGAGUUCAAGAAGCCUUUGUGGAUUGCGCUGUGGACGGACGGCGAGCCGCAGGCGACGGCGGCGAGGGAGACGAAGGCGAACCUGACGCUGCUGGAGGCGCAGCUGCCGGAGGGGAAGAGGUUCUUCGGCGGCGACGCCAUCGGCUUCCUCGACAUCGCCGUCGGCGGGGCGCUCGCGCACUGGAUGGGGGUGGUGGAGGAGAUGGCCGGCGUGCGGCUGCUCACCGAAGAGGACCACCCGGCGCUGUGCCGCUGGGCGAGGGCGUACAGGGCCGACGAGACCGUGCGGCAGUGCCUCCCGGACAGGGACCGCGUGCUCGCCGCCUUGGCGGACAGGAAGAACCUCUAUGUCUCCAUUGCCAAGGCCAUGGCUGCACAGAAGUAGCACAUUUCACGACGAGGAAGGGGAUACAAAGUCAAUGCUUCUGGACUUGUAUGCAUCUCGAUGGAUGCAUGUGGAAAGAGCAUCCGAUGCAAUAAAAAAGGGGAGUACCUAGAACUCAUCUAGAUGAGACGUAAUUUGGUCUCAUUCACCUGAAAAACAAGAAUGGAUACAACCCAUAUCAGCACACACGCAUCUUAUAGCACCACAUCCAAUGGUUAUAAAAGGUGAAUGAGACCAAAUUAAAUCUCAUCUAGAUGAGUUCUAGCAAAACUGAUAAAAAAGAGCAAUUUGUCGUC